CUAGUUUGUUUCAAAAACUAGAACAAACUAUAAAUAUCAUCUUUUGGAUGGUCUGUUUGAUUUGUGAGUUAGCACAAUUCGAUGUUACAAAUGGUGUUCCUAUCUUUUUAAUGAUGUCAGACAUCAUUUGAAAAAAAAACCAAUCUUUUCUGACAUUAUUUGAAGAAAAAAAAACAAGAACCCCCUUUCUGACAUCACUUAAAUAAUCAUUUUAAAAAAACGAGCCCCUUUUCUGACAUAAUUUGAAAGAAAACGUAAAAAAACAGCAUCUUUCUGACAUUUGAAAGAAAAUAUUUUAAAAAGCAUCUUUCUGACAUAAUUAUGAAUAAAUGAUAAUUAAAUUAAUUUCGUCAAAUUAUGUAACAACGGGAGUUAUUUUUUUUUCUUCAAAUUAUGUCACAAAGCAGUUUCUUCUUUCAUUAAAUUGUCAGAAAGAGGGUAUCAAGUGAUAAUUUUGAGACUGAGAUUGGGGCAUACAGGUUUAAACGGUACCCUGAUAGGUAAACAGUACAGGAAUGUGUGGUUGUGGAAAGGAUAAGAGAAACAGUUGAACAUGUAUUGUGCCACUGUGACAAGUAUAUACAGAACAGGAAAACAUUAUCUAGACGAUUAAAGUUGAAAGAUACUGAAAAGUUGACUUUAAGGAAUUUAUUAAUUGGAGGAUUGGGUGUUUAUAGAUUACUGAUUGAAUUUUUACGGUCUAGUAAAUUGAUGACUAGACCAGCUUCUCCCAAUUGCGACUCACACUCCCACAAGGUGGCGGAAAUGCACCUAGGAGUUGGUUGCCACCCGCCAAUAAGCCAGAAGGGAAGAAGAAAAUAACUCGUGUGUUAGCGCUGCUGUCGCAUAACGGAAAAACAUUUUACACUGGGCACUUGGACUGUGGCGUCAUCUGAAAAUAUCGCUGUAAGGUAGCAACAUAUCAGCUCUAAGUGGAGUUUAAUGAUGAGUUACUGCCAGACGGUCACCAACCUUAGAAACUACAUAUCCCAUAAUCCACCAGGAGCAACUUUCGUUCUGUGUCUUUUGACUUUGGCAAUUUCAUUAAUUUAUCUCAGCUCUUAUAGUUACCCUCACAAUCUGCCAAAUCCUGACAUAAAGGACUGGAAUAAUCUGCUUUCAUCUUUAUCAGAAUUUGACUUGUGUGGAACGGUAAAUUCAAGUUCACCUGUGCAACUCUCCUCUACACCAGUACCACUGAUGGAUCAAGAAAAUGACAAAAUAACUUCAGUGAACUUGACAAAAAGUCCUCCUCCUGUCACUGUUUUGCAUCGCCGAGUUCCUCUGACUGUAUCUUCUGAAGGUGGUCUGCUGAAAAACACGGGUUUGCUCACAUCCUUAACCGCCAGUCAGCUUCGUCUUGGAGAUAAAGAAAUUGUUAAUUUGACACUUCAUAUCCUAUCGGACACCUCUAACUACUCUUGCCUCACUAUAAGUGCUCCAACGGAUAUCCUGCCUAAGAGUCCGCUUCCUCCUGAGUGUCCUGCAUCGGAGAAAACGAAAUCAACCAUCUCAGUGGAAGCAAGCAAUCAGCCGCAAAUGUCAUCACAGACAUGCUACAGUCUGCACUUUGAGAAGGACCCUACAUUUGCUGUUAUGCUAACCCUGGAAGAAAAAGAUGUGGCAGUGCGACAUCUGCUGGAAGUCAGUUUGUGUCUGCUCAGCAUUUGUAUCUUGCUCUGUUUGGCAGCAAGCUUCACACACUCCAACAGACACCACAACAGCUAUCAGAAUGGACUUAACCUCCAAAAUGAGCCCUUGAUUGGCAGCUGACUAUUUAUACAUCUAAACCACGAAGAAGUGAACUAUUGUUUAACAAAACACCAGUUUACUGGUGGAAACGGUGGUUUGUCCUCAAUGUCACCAUAUGGGGGUGGGGAGCUUUAAUACCUUGGUUAAAUAAAUCCCUGCAAUGUGUCAGCGUUGUAUCUAAUGUACAAAUUCACAAUGCACUAACUUUGAUGUUCUAAAUUUGCUAUUUUGUUUAUCAGUUUUAGCUUGGGAAAAAAAAUCUUUAUUUUGAAGAUGAUCUAUAUGAGCCAUGAAAGGUUUAAUUUUCUCCAAUAAAAAGCUAUUUUAAGUUCAAA